AUUUGCACAAAGGUUCCGAGGACCCACAGUCGUAAUCGUAACACCAGCCUUGCAUCAUCAGUUCCAUAAGGUCUAAUCCCAUGUCGAUUUUUUGACCUGUCUCCUCUCAUUUUAGUGUUCUCAACCGCUGGUCUCAGGCAAUUGACUUCACUAUUCAUUGAUAGUGUGCGUGAUAUAGACGAUUACUUUGUACAUAGCUACAGAUGAAAACACGUUUCUGGGAGCUUCAUUAUUAUUUGUAUCCUGCUCAGCUAGGAUACGAGCGUGUAACGCUUUAAACCUCACCAUACAGCUAUUGUAGGCUAAACAAGUGGGAGCAAUCCGAAGUUUUGCAAGUUUCAUGCGACAACGUCAACGAAAGUGAAACAACCGAAAUCGUUGACACGACUCGGUUUAUGGUAAUUGGCAUCUGUGACGCUUCGACUCCUCUAACCAUCGAUCAAAUUUGAGAUUUGUGCACGUCUGAGUUUGUUGAUAUAGUCUCUGCCAAUGUCCUUCAUAUUGCUGCUUUUGCCGGAUCGUACUCUUGUCGUAACAAUCGAAGUGUCUUUCAAUACCCUACCUGGGGCUCUCUCCGAAGAGCAUCGCUGAGACUCACUUUACUCGUCAUUGGAUCAGUAUCCUAACUCAAAGGUUACUCAAGGGGUCAUUCCUGCUCGGAUAGUUAGAGAAACCGAUUGACUCAUCUGAUUGCACAGGUUUUGAGCUUGUCUGGUUACAGAUAUGUACAACCCUGUUUAUGUGGAUGUACAUCGGUAGCUCGUUACAGUAGGUCGACAGAUAGAACUCAAAUCAUAACAGAUAAAAAUUAAAUACAUAGAUCUCUGACUUGCUAACCUGAUAAUCUUAGAUGCUUUACAAGAUUAGCGAUUGGGAGUAGCAUAUUUCCGUGGCUGGGUUUCGACGUGAUGAGCACUGGUGCGACUGAUACCAGCAGCUGAGCUGACUACAAGCUGGUCGUGGCUCUUCGUUUGGAGGUUCCUGGAACACGGCUGAACCCCUCAGGUACACUGCCCGCUACACAAAAUUAGCAGUUGUUAAUGGAGGUGUGUAAUAGAUUCAAAAGAGUAUCACCAUAAUUGCACACAGACUCAACGCGUCUUCCAUUUUGGGGGGGAGUAUGUUCCGGAGGAUUGAAUGAGAUCAUCCUGGUACAGGGUCAGUAUUGAGAGUUCUAAAGGUAUCAAGUGCUCACUCGAUCACAACUGUCAUGAUUAGUACUUCUGAACUCUUUACCAGUGAUAUCACAGUUGGCAAUUGAUUUCUGGGAUGUGAUCCACCACUUGCUAUAUCCUCGUUGUAUCAAUUCCUCCAGUAUGCCCUCCUUGCGAAAGGUUCUUCAAAAGUGAAGGUUCUUCUUUGCGGUGAAUUAAAAAAUAAUUGUUGCCGUGAUACGAAGUACGAGUCAUCAAGUUUGUUGCCGUUGAUAGAAUCAAUCGUCCGCACUGAAUUAAUCCGCGAGGGGACUUCCAGCAGCAGAAGCGGGGCAAUCGUUCGAGUGGUAAGGGCAUUAUUGUCUAUGACUGGGAUAAGUAAGUUCAAUUUAUGUCUUUAAUUGGAAUGAAGACGCCAGGAUUGGUUUGGGAAUCGAAACAGCUCGCACGACAUCCAUGCCGUGUUAGGAGUGUAAGGACGCAAGAAUUGUGAAAAGUGUUGGUUCGACCAGGAACCAACAGACUCGCAGUGUCAUUCGCAGUAUAUUGUUACUAAACGAGUUUGAUGCGCAGUUGUCUAGUUUCUUGUUCAUCUCACCCGGUCUACUGUGCAGCUCCAUCGAAACCUCGGACGAAUGAUGAAAAAAAAAAAAUCCUUGGCAUGUAUGAUGGAUACUAUGACGACAACCUCAUGUUCCAGGUGUGCUUGAAACAAGGUAGAUAUUGGUUUGGGUGGUUUCAGAGCAGUUCAGAAUGCGAUGAUCUAGUUCUCUAUGCCCAUUUACAUAGCUGGGGGCAAACAUUGGUCAUUCAGAGCAACAAGGAGUAGCAGGGACGAGACCAUGAAUGAGAGUCUUCUCAUGUCGUGGACUCAUUUGUAGCCAUCGCAGAGUGGCGCUAAGCUAUGGCCCGAUGCAAUACGCUCUCCGCUUCCUCAGAGCUGAUGCACCUGGUACCCUUGCUUGUGCUGCUGUUCACAUGGCCUGCUGCGGCGUGGGUGUCUGAAAGGUUGGAGGUCGAAGUGUUGAUGGAUGUGAAGGCUGCCCUUGAUCCUGAUGGAUUGGUUUUGGAGUCUUGGAAAAGAGGAGGGCAGCCUUGCUCUGGCAGUUUUGAGGGCAUUUUCUGCAACUCAGUUGGGAGAGUGACGAACAUUUCAUUACAAGGGCGGUCGUUGACGGGGUAUAUUCCACAUGAGGUGUCAGAACUCUUGUAUCUCUCUGGCCUCUUCUUGCAUUUUAAUGAGCUACAGGGCGGCAUUCCUGGAUCGCUUUUCACGUUAGAAAGCCUCACAGAUUUGUAUUUGAACUGGAAUCAAUUGACUGGCCCCAUUCCUCCUCAAAUUGGCCAGUUGACACGGUUACAAGCGCUGGAGCUGUGUUGCAACAAGCUGGAAGGAGAAAUUCCAGUGGAGAUUACUACUCUGUCAAACCUCAAAACCUUGGCCAUCAACGCCAACAGCCUUUAUGGGACCACUCCUACCACAGUUGGCGAUUUGACCAUGCUGCAACGAUUCGACCUCAGUAACAACACAUUGAUUGGCAGAAUUCCAGACUCAAUAGCGAAUUUGACAAAUCUCGUAUUUCUCGAUGUGUCGAACAACUUCCUCUCUGGUCCUGUGCCAACCGGACUGUUUAGUUUGUCACAUGGUUUCAACUACAUCAACAAUAGUGGUCUCUGUGGCGCGAGCGUAAACAUAUCGCCUUGCCUGGCCUCAGGCCCCACCUCUUCGAAGCCUCCACCUCCGGAACCCUCACAAAAAUUCAAGAGAAUACUUAGCCUUACAACUGCCAUCGUAUUCGCAGUCGGAGGAAGCGCAUUUCUGAUCCUCGUUUACAUUUGUUUGAAACACUGGAACGCUAAUCUGAGAUAUACAUUGGAUAUUAAGCCAGCUACGAACACAGAUGUGAAACUUGUGCAGACAUCCGCUAACAGCGGGGAGAAAGCUGAGAACAUCAGCGAGACCACACACCAUCUCCGGGGCUCAUUCAAUGGUAGCACACCAGACUUUUCGACCCUGGGAAGGUCCCGGGUUAUGUCGGGUCGAAGCACAUCGACGGUUGCGUCUAACGGGCUCUCAAGCCCCGCGGAAUGGAACUCUUGGAUACAUUUGGACGAGCUUGAAACAGCUACCAACUAUUUCUCCGAGAAGAACCUUUUGCGGAAGAGCUGCCACUCGGCUGUGUACCAAGGAGUGCUGCGUGACGGCACCGUAGUGGCUGUGAAGGCUAUCUACAACACACGAUACUCAUUUGGCGAGCAGGACUUUCAGAAUGCACUCGAAGCCUUGCUGCAAGUAAAGCAUGAAAAUCUGGUCAACUUUUUGGGGUUCUGCUGCUCCAAAGGCGGAUCAGAAUGCUUCCUCGUCUACGAAUUGGUAUCAUGCGGGUCCCUGGAGAAAAACCUCCAUGGACCAAGUGAAGUGUUGCUGAACUGGAGCAUGCGAGUCAAUAUCAUCCGGGGGAUUGCAAAAGGUCUCGCCCACUUGCAUGAAGGCAUAACAGAGCCGCUAACGAUGGUCCACCAAAACCUGUGGGCCGGCAACAUCCUCCUCGACAAGCAAGGCAACGCGCUACUUGCAGACUACGGCUUGUCCGACAUUGUCGCCGAAGAGGUGAUGUAUGCGACUCACAAGACGCUAGCAUCGCUCGGCUACCUCGCGCCCGAAUACGCAUACACAGGCCAAGUCACCGAAGACUCUGACAUCUACGCCUUCGGCGCCCUGGUGCUGGAGCUUCUGACUGGGAAUCGCCCGAUGUUCUUCACCAACUCGACGCGCACGCUCGUCAAUACGCACGCGUCGGUGCGCCCGUUGCUGGAUCUGGGCAAGAUCCGCGAAUUCGUAGACCCGAAGCUGGAAGACAAUUUCUCCCUUGAGGGAGCUGCAGGGCUGGCCCAUAUCGCGCUGCAGUGCAUGUCUGAAGAUCCUGGCGUCAGGCCCAACAUGGUCGAUGUGGUCCUUCGGCUUAAUGCUUACGAGGGAUGGUCCGACAUGCCCAUCGAUUCCUUUCUGUUCACCACCACGACUGCUGGUGCGCGGCAGCUCUCGUUCUCGCGCGUCGAAUCGCUUCACCAGUGCCGCUGAUCGAUUAGACUCUAGACAUUCCUAUCGAUCUAUUCUAGACAACCCCUUCAAUCGAUCUGCGCCGUUCGUUCAAUCUUCGACUAAAGACGACCCAGAUCGGUUCUACACGAUCCGGAUUGAGUGGAGAAAACUACGUUUCAAGGCUCUUGGCCCCCAAUAAUCAUAUGAAAAAAUAGCAAUAUAUCAUGAGCAUCGAUGGACAAAACUCAAAAGUCAAACAAAGCUGUUGUAUAACACUGAUGUUUUUGACAACUAUGGUGUGUUUUAACUUGUCCUUUCAGUGUACAAACAAAUUUUUCUGA